AUCUCGAUAUUCGUUGACUGUAGCGGUCAGAUUCGAGGAAACGAUUUGCACGUAAUUAAAUUCGCAUCAAAAUGAACGAUUCAUCGUCUAUUAAAACUGCAUUUCCAUCGAGAAAGAAGCGUUUGAAAGUUGUACGGUUUCGUAAAAUGGCGCAAAUUUUACGUAACGUUAGAACACGCCCCACGCGUCCUCUCCAUUUAAAUUACUAACCUGAAAACAGAUGAACGCUGCGCGCCAAAACUUGCAGAAGCUUGCUCAGACCGGAGCGCAAAUUUCGAAAAGUUCGUUAAGAAAAUCGGCGAAAAUGAGCAACGCUUCAGGGAAGAAAUUGAAUGUUAUUGUGGAAGGCAACAUUGGUAGUGGAAAGACUACGUUUCUGGAGAGAUUCAAAGAUUACAGUGAUGUGUGUGUGCUGGCUGAACCCAUCGAUAUGUGGAGGAAUUGCAAUGGAAACAAUCUGUUGGGUUUGAUGUAUCAGGAUAGUAAACAUUGGAGCUUCUCGUUCCAAUCGUACGUUAUGUUGACAAUGGUGCAGCAGCACACCCUUCCGACACCAUGCUCUGUUAAGCUGAUGGAGAGAUCCAUCUACAGUGCCAGAUACUGCUUCGUGGAGCAAAUGAAGAAGGAUAAGAUCAUCGCUGAGCCAUCUGCUGCUGUUCUGGAUGAGUGGUUCAAGUGGAGCUUAGAGAACACGAAAAUUGACGUGGAUUUCAUCGUGUAUCUCCGCACUUCACCCGAAAUUGUGUACGAACGUAUGCAGACGAGGGGUCGCGAAGAGGAGAAGAAAAUCCCCUUGGGAUAUCUGCAGGAUCUGCACAAAGUCCACGAAGAGUGGUUGAUGGACAAGACGAUCGGACACUGUCCCGCGCCUGUGAUCGUGAUCGAUGCGGAUCAGGACAAGACUUCCAUCUGUAAAGAGUACGAGAAGUUCGAGGUCGACGUUCUGAAGAUGACCCCAUGCAAAGUCGGAGUUUGAUCAACAACUACCACCAAUUUUGACCACCCCACAAACGUUCCAGUGAUAUAUAAAAUAGAGAAGGAGACCGGAGAAUACAAAUAAAUUUAAUCUUUUAAGUUUUAAUAGUAGGCCAUUUAAUUGUCUACGGUGAUUAGUGAAUAAUAGUCUUCGUUUUUUUUUUUUUAUUUAAGUGUAACUUAAUUGAGUUUUGUCAAAUACUCCACAGUCUAUGUUUUUUUUUGUAUGUAUAUUAUAAUGUUAAUUUAA